CUAACCCUAACCCUAACUGCCUGCAUCUCAAUCUUCGUCUGCAUCUCUUUGCACGCCCACUCACACACCCGAACCCACACGCAGAAAUCCUCUCUGAUUCAGGAAAAUGGGUCGCGUCCGUACGAAGACAGUGAAGAAAUCCUCUCGCCAAGUGAUAGAGCGCUACUACUCGCGCAUGACUCUUGAUUUUCACACCAACAAGAAGAUUCUUGAAGAGGUCGCCAUCAUCCCUUCAAAGCGUCUCCGCAACAAGAUUGCGGGGUUUUCUACCCAUCUCAUGAAACGGAUCCAAAAGGGUCCGGUUCGCGGGAUCUCACUCAAGCUUCAAGAGGAAGAGCGCGAGCGCCGCAUGGACUUUGUACCUGAUGUCUCUGCCAUCAAGACUGAUCAGAUUGAGGUCGAUAAGGAGACUAUUGACAUGCUUGCUGCUUUGGGCAUGAGUGAUAUUCCUGGGAUUCUCCAAGUCGAACCGGCUGCUGCGCCUGCGACCCAGUUCGUGUUUGGGAGAGGUGGUGCUGGUGGCAGACCUGGUGGAAGGUUUUAAAAACUUUUUAGGAAAGUCUUGUUUUUAUUUCGUUAUAUGUUGUGUUUCUCGACUAUGGAUGCUUAAUUGUGACUUUAGUUAAAAAUGCUUCUUUGGAGAAAUUUUUGCGUUAUCAUUGGUGAGUAUUAUCGAUUUUUAAAAUAUUUGGUCACAUUUUGUUCUA